GGAACGGCAGCGCCGGAGCCGCGCCAGAGCCGCCGGCCCUGGAAGCUGGCGGCGAGGCGGGCGGCGGCAGGCCCAGCCCUCCAGCGUCGGAGCCGCCGGCCUUGGACGCUCGCGGCGAGGCUCCGGGCACGGGCGGGGCGGCCCGCGGGGGCGAGGCGGCAGACGCCCGGGCGAGGGCGGAGCUCCGCGAGACGAGGCGCCUCGUGGAGCAGCUGUGCCGCAGGGUCGACGGGCUCUGCCUGGAGCAGGAGGAGAGGGGCGGGGAGCCCGGCUCCACUGCGGAGGAGGACAUGAUACGCCGCGCGACCCAACAAGCGCACACCGACAAGGACGAGAACGACGAGGUGCUCGCCAACAGCGCCCUUGCCAUGGCGCCACCCCUGCAGUCGCUCGUCUACCUGGUGGCCUUCUCUGGGAUAGUCUUCACCCUGGUGUUCCCAGCGCUGGAGAAGCGUGGCGAGGUUCGCCGCCUGGUGGUAGCCGACGGCGACGGCCUCGAGGAGGGGCCGGGCCGCCGCCUGGGUGGGCCGGCAGGCGGAGUGAUCGUCGCAGUGUGUUACUCUACGCUCGGAGCAGGGCUGAUGGCACUGAUCACUAAUUUUCUAAAGCAGCCGAUCUUGAUUGGAUACAUUCUGGGCGGUGUCCUGGUGGGGCCCAAUUGCCUGGCCCUGGUCGACGACUAUCUUGAAAUAUUGACCAUUAUGGACCUGGGCCUGGUGCUUCUGAAGUUCAUGAUUGGCCUCGAUGUCGAUCUGCACGCUCUGAUCAAGAUGAACAACAUGACUUGCUUCACAGGGUCCCUUCAAGCUCCUAUCUGCGCGGGCAUUCAUCUGCUGGCUUUCUGGCUGCUAAGUUUUUAUGUCAGUUUCGGCCAGGGCAAGUGGAGCUUGUGCUACCUCGCCUUCGCUUGUAGCGUUUCCUCCACCAUGAUUGUAUUGAAAUCGCUGUCGCAUAAGAUGGAGACAGACACCGAGGCGGGGCAAUUUACCAUAGGGGUUCUCAUUUUCCAAGAUUUGUGGGUGCUACUGAUGAUUGCAAGUCAGAGCAAUAUCGAGAACGCAAGUUUCCUCGACAUCAUGAAGGAUUUUGGCUUCAUGUGCGUGCUGAUAAACGUCUCGCUCUUGUACGCCAAGUACGUCAUGCCGCCGAUAUUCAAAAAAGCAUCCGGAUCCGCAGAGCUCAUGUUGGUGCUGUCGCUCGCAUGGUGUUUCUUUCCUUGUUGUGGAGCAGUGCUUCCAUUCAUCAAUAUCUCCAUCGAGGUGGCAGCGUUCAUCGCUGGUGUCUCGAUGGCAACUUUCCCGUUCAACGCAGAACUCAAUUCGAAGAUCAAGUACAUCCGGGACUAUUUCAUCACGCUGUAUUUCGUCGGGGUGGGGAUGCAAAUGGAUUUACCAUCUAGCGAGAUGAUCGUUUGCAUCAUCUAUAUUACUAUAGUGGUGCUUCUUACGCGCUGGGUUGGUAUAUUCUUCGUUGCACUUGUCCAAGGCUCUGGGCCCCGCCUGGCCAUCUUGGCCACGCUGAACCUCUCCCAAAUCAGUGAGUCUGGCCUCGUGCUCUGCACAUUAGGACUGAAGCUCGGGCAUAUCGACAACGAGACAAUGUCGAUCGCGGUUUGGGUAUUUGCUCUUCUUGCGGGCGCUGCCUCGUACAUUAUCGGUUACAACCACAGUUUGUACCACGCCAUCAUGCACAAGCUUCGGCGCCUGCCGAAAGGCAGCCGCGUGAGGCGUGCCUUCGGCCUUGACGACAUUCAGAUCGAAGACGACGAGGAUGCGGAGGAGCGCGACAUCGUUUUCCUUGGUUUCCAUAAGAUUGCAGCUGCGCUCAUCGCCGAGUUUGAGCACAAGGCACCGCAGAUCAUGCGCAAACUUCUUGUUCUCGACCACAAGGCUGGCUUGAAGGCGCCUUUGCGCCUGAAGGACAUCGCCUUCUCAGCUUGCGACGUCACCUCGGCGGACGCGCUGAGGGCAUCUGUGAAGCAGCGAGUCGACCUGGUGCUGAUUACUAUUCCCGACUACACGAUCACUGGCGUCUCGAACGAGCAGUUGUUGAUGACAGCCCGCCAGGUGUGGCCCGAGUGCCACAUCAUCGUCAUCGCAGACGAGCCCAAGCAAAUACGUCGACUUUACGCCAAGGGCGCAAACUAUGUCCUGGCCGUGAAGAAACUGAGCGCCGAGCGGAUCGCCGGCAUGCUGACAGAGCACUACACCGACGGCACUGGAGGCGAGCUGAAACACCACCUGGAGUCCCACCGCCGCCGCGAGUCCGAGUGGGGCGCGAAGCUCAUCGACCCGAACUUUGGACCGGAGGCCUAUCUGGGAGCCUGA